GCACGCAUGUGCAGCUCAAGAAACGUUGGUUGAGGAGAAGACGAGAAGAGCACGCCAUUUUGAUUUUGACGGUAUCAAGAAAGAGUUUAUCGCAAGGUCGAGGCAUCUGAAGCUGUGACAAUGUCUGCUUCAAGUCCCCUUGUUGAGGGUAAAAAGAUUUCAGAUCUAAGAGUUGCUGACCUUAGACUGGAACUUGAGCAAAGAGGAAUUGACACCAAAGGCCUAAAGGCUGACCUCGUGAAGAGGCUGGAGAAGGCACUUCUAGAUGAAAGCAUUGGUACUCCUGAGGCAGUAACACCGACAUCUGAGCCCCAAGAUAUUGACAAAAAGACAUCUGCAAGGAAAAGUACACCAAGAAAGAGAAUGCUAAAAACAACUGAACAUGAUGAUGCCAGUGAUGCUCAAGGUGAAGCAGAUGGAUCCAUGGAAGAAAUAAGCACUGAUGCUGGGCAUGCGCUAGAUUAUACGGGAGAAAAUCAGCAAACACUUUCAGAAUCACUAAUCGUUAAUACAAAUGACUCUGUUGCUUGUGAAACUGAAGGUGGGGACAUUAUUGAUGAAUCUAAGGGCUCCUGUGAAAACCCAGAUAACUUUUUUCAAGAUGGUAUGUAUGAUGAGGAAGUGGAAGGUCAGGAAGAAGAAGGUGAUUAUGAGGAGGCAGAAUAUGAAGGUGAAGAAGGUGAAAUGGAUGAAGCAUAUGAGGUUGUGGAUGGCGAUGAACAGUUUGAAGAUGCAGGAGAAGAAGAAUUUGAAGCUGAUGAAGAAUAUAAUGAAAGCAAUUUUCAAGAUCAAGAAGAAGAAUAUGAGGAUGAAGAAGCUGUUGUAGAGGAAGAAGAUACAGUGGAUGAAGUUGAACAGCAACAGGAAGAUGAUGUCAUGGAAGAUGUGGAUGGAGAUGCAACUGGCAAUUUGGAAGAUGGCCAAGGGAGUGAUGAAGUUGCGAAGAAGUUUCUUGAUGAAAAAACUGAAGAAGAAGAGGAAGAAUUAGAAAGAGAAAAUGCAGAAAAAGAUGAUAAUGGUGAAUUAGUACAAGACACCAAAGAAGAAUAUCAAGAAGAGGAGGAAAGAUUGGUCGAGGAAGAAAGAACAGGGGACUUAGAAGAGGAUAACACAGAAGGUGAUUCCAACAAUGUGCAAGUUAGAGAUGAGGUUGAGAAUGAGAAAGAAGGAGAAUCUGCCAUAGAGGAGAGUGAGGUAUCUCAAGAGGAACUUGUAGAGGAUCGAGAUGGGUUAGUGCAAAAAAGAGAUGAAGUUGAUGAUAGGUGUGAAGAGUCUUCUCAGGGUGAAGCAGAAGGAGCUUCUAAGGCAGAAGAUGCAGAUGUUUCCUUAAAUGAAGACGAGGGUGAUAGUAGUGUCAACGCCAAGGAAGACAUCAAAAUGGAAACAGUGGAAGAUUCUGACAAUGUUAAAGGAAAUGAAACAGAAAAAACUAUUAUUCAAGACAAACAAACGAAUGUUAGUGGUAUAGAAAGUGAAAAGAACAAUUCUUCAGAAAGUCUUUCUGAUAAAUCUAAAGCAGAAGAAACCAGUAAGGAUGAAGGGACCAAGAUUUCAGGUGAUACAAAGCAGGAACUGAAAAGUGACAAAGCAAAGGAGGCACCAGCCAAAAGCCCAGUUCAACCUGACAAGGACAGCAAAAAGGAAAUCACCAAGAGUUUGUGGAUCAGUGGUCUUUCGUCAGUUACGCGAGCAGUUGAUCUGAAGAUGACUUUCUCUGCACAUGGAAAGGUUAUUGGAGCAAAGGUUGUUACAAGUGCCCGUUCCCCUGGCACACAUUGCUUUGGAUUUGUAACAAUGUCGUCAACUGAGGAAGCUGCUAAAUGCAUUGAAAAGCUAGACAAAACUGAGAUUCAUGGGAAGAUUGUGACAGUGGAGAGGGCAAAACAUGACCCGACGCCAAAGAAACCCCCUCCUAAACAAGAAAAGAAACCAGAUGACAAAAAACAACCUCAAAAGGUAGUUAAGGCUCAAAAGCAAGGCUUAACAUCAGACAAAAAGGAGCCAUCCACGGAAAACAAAGAGAAUAAAGACAAAAAGAGUGAUGAGAAAGGCAGAUCGGACUCUAGAUCAAAGGAUAGAAGAGGGUCAGAUAGGCAUAGGCGCUCUGGAAGUCGUAGCAGACACCGUCCAAGAAGUCGUGAACGCCAGAGAUCUAAAAGUCAUGACAGAGACAAGAGUAAAGACUCUCGCAAGACAGAUGAAUCAAAGGAGAAGGGGAAAUCGUCUGAACCUAGCAGUGAUAGAAAGGUCAAAUCAUUAAAUGAACUUAAAGAGGAACGGCAGCAGAAAAUUGAAAAAGAGAGAAGACAAAGAGAAGAACGACGAAGAAAAGAGAGAGAAAAGGAAAGGCAAUUGAGGGAAGAAAGAAGAAAGGCACAGGAGGCAAGGGAACGUGAAAGACGAGAAAGAGCAAGGAAAGAAGAGGAAAGGAUGAGACGAGAAAGAGAAAGACAGAGAGAGUUGGAACGGGAAAGAGAGAUGAGGAAGAAGAGAGAGCGCGAAAGGUUAGCGCAAGAAAGAAGAGAGAAGGAAAGAGAAAGGGAAGAAAAAGAGCGUCUUGAAAAAGAAAGGAGAGAAAGAGAAGCCCGCCUUGAAAGAGAACGUUUAGAAAAGGAAAGGGCAAAACGAGAAAGAGAGGAAAGAGAAAGAAUAGAAAAAGAAAGAUUGGAGCGUGAAAGGAAGGAGCGAGAAAGGAUCGCUUAUGAUAGAUUGAGAAAAGAAAGGGAAGAGUUGGAGAAAAUCAAGACUGAAAGAGAGCGUUUAGAAAGAGAGAGACUGGAAUUUGAAAGAAGAUAUGCCUUGAAAAGGUCAUCAUCGUCUGGAAGAAGAGAGACAGGAGGAGAAAGAGUGGAGGAUGGUUAUCAUCCAGAGCCAAAGAGGCAUGCACUAGAAUCUUCAAAAGUAGGACAUGGGGGCAGGCCAUCAGAUUUUUUUGGAGGAGCACAUAGCACUCGUGAUAGCAGGGUCACUGAUACUGGAACACAAAGAAAGGAAGAUAGAGGAAGACCAGAAUCAAGUGGGCAUUCAGAUUAUUCAAGCAAAAGAGAUGGAAGCAGACACUCUUCUCAUGAUGCUGGCUACAGUGGAACGUCAUUGCCUAAGGCAGGUAGAGAUUCUUCUCCAUUUAGCUAUAGCACAAGCAGAACAAGGGACAGAUCUCCUAUCAGUGCACACACAGCAGAUGUCAGGCGUGAAGAGGUACCUCGCCGAGAUGAAAGGAGAGAUGAUGUAUUAUCCAGAAAUCAGAGAAGGGUUGUUUCUUCAAGAGAUGAUAGGGACAGAUCACCACGAAAAUUGGCUUCGGAUAUUUUAAGAGAUGCUGAUCGAGGAAGGGGUUCUGAAAGAUCUGGUAGCAGGGGUGAUCGUCCAUCCCACAGAGAUGGAGAAGGUAUUCAGUAUUAUGAUGCAGAAGAGAAGCAGAGAGAUGAUAGCUGGCUUGAAAAUCAAGAAUUACGAAACCCCCCAAAGACCCUGACUGAGAUUUUAGAGCGAGCAGGUGUCAGUGGAAUUCUUGGAAGUUCUGCUUUUGACCAGCAAGUAACCAUGACUGUCAAUGAUGCAUUGUCAAUUGCCGCAGCAAGCAGAAUUCCAAAGCAAGAUCCUCCUGAUUGGAGAAAUGAUCGUCGUGAUCAAAGAAGAGAUGAAAGGCUUGACGACCGGCUGGAAAUCAGAAGAGAUGACAGGCAUGAUGACAGACGUGAGGACAGAGAUCGGCCUACUGCUUCUAGCCGUGAUUCCAGAGGUGGAAGAGAUUUUUAUGGCCGUGAAAGUGACCGUUUGGUUUCUGGUUACCCAGACACUGAUGACAUAAGUAGGCGCCAAAGCGUUGAUAUUACUGUUUCAAGAAGAGCGCAAGAACUCCUUGCUCAAGCUGGGCUUCAAGAAUCACGAGGAAGGGCUCCACCAAGCCAGUCAGGCCAUUCACGUGAUCUACCUGUGCGGGAAGUACCCAGAGAUGUCCCAAUCCAAAGGGGAUAUCAACAGCGUGCUUCGGAGCUUGAUUCAAGAGAUUCCUAUUCUCGUGGUAUUCCAAGAAAUGACGUAGUGGCAAGGCAAGACAUACCAAACAGAAGUUACCAACCACCAUCUGUUAUGACACAUCAGGUUGUUUCGGCAGGGCAGCCGCAUAUUGCUUCAAGACCAUCAAGCCAAGACAACUGGAACAGAAGCCGAAACAUGCUACCUACCCUUAAUUCUGGAACUGGUUUCCAAGUACCGAUUUCAGGAACAAUUAUUGGCUCCUCUCACAUCCGUGGACCAAUUCACAGCAGAAGUGUAGGUAGACCUGGACUUCAAGGGCACGGCCUGCCUCAUCAGAUAAGAAGAUUCUAAAAACCAUCUAUUUGAUAUUUUAUCAAACAGUUUUGUUAACCAACUUGCAGACUGCUAUAACUCCCUAGCUACGAUAUCUACAAUGAUUCAACCACCCAAUUAAAGUUGCAUAACUUGCUUCAACCACCCAAUUAAAGUUGCAUAACUUGCUUCAACCAUCCAAUUAAAUUUUUAUGUCAAAGAGCUGACGGCUUCGAAGGUGGACUGGAAACUAAAAGGAAGAUUUUAGGAUUCAUUUUGCAGAAGUGAUUUUGGAACUAAUUUGGUCAUCUGCCAAUGAAAUUAAAGUUGUCGUCAGUUUAUGAUGAAACAUACUUUCACAAUAACAUAACAAACCUUUUCAAAGCUGUUUUGGAUAGUCGAACUCCAUUUUGAAAGAUGCUGAUACUGAUCCAGGGAGAUGACCAUUUCGUUUUAUCAGAAGAAAAUGGUGAUUUUGUUGUCUAAUUCUUAGAAUUCAGAUGUUUGCUGUCAUGGUGAAGAUUUAGGGACAUUCCACAUCGAAAAUAUCUCAAUGGAUUGUAAACAAAUUGGCAUGGUAAUUUUUUCGUCAACAAAGUUGAUAACCAGCACACUUUCGAUGAUAAUUAUGAAUGAAAAAUUUUGAAAGAAGAUGCAAGUUUAUGCUGAUGAGAUCAUAUGGAUUGUUUUUUGUAAAUCAACGAAACGAUGCAAUGCAAAGAAGUGGUCGAAUUCGAAUCUGGUUAGUUAGCUAAGGGUUACAAUGUAUAGUAAAUUGUCGGCCCGAUACCUUCACUAACAUUGUGCUUAGGUUUUCCUAGACAUUUGAUAUUUACUUUUGGAAUUCCUCAAAGUUAGAUAAGUAUACAUUUUGCAACGAUUUGUUUUUAAAACUUAACACGAAGCUAUGUUUCUCCUUAUCACCCGUCUUAAAAUCUGCAGUAGUCAUUACAACUCCCAUUCAAUUGCGUCUUGUCGAUAAUUAAAAAAUAUUACUUGUCUAGACCUUUCACUUUCAAUGUUGAGUUUAAGUUCUAACUCUGGUUGCUGUACAACUGCUUUUGGCUGUUUUGUUGACAUCUGCAGCUGCAUCUUCUUUUAGUAAAGUAAUGUGUUGGCUGUUCAUCCUACCUUAAAGUACGUUGUUAGUGAUACUUGUCAGUAAACCCAAAUAUUUCACUGAAAAAGAUGGUCAUUAAGGUUCUCGGCUAUUUCCCUUCAAUUAUUGUCUUAAUCUUUUUUCCAUUGACGUUUUUGUAAAUUGGCUAGUGCUGGGUUUUGAUGAGAUGGCGCCAAAUUUUGAAGAAAAUUCUUUAAGUUUUGGCAAGGUAGUGCCCUUUUAUACGGUAUUCAUAUUAAGGAACGUCAAAUCAGUUUUUUGUAGUUUAAUGUUUCUUCUAUCGCUUAUAUGUUCCAGUUCAGCUGCAUAUUUUGAUGAUCUUUAAUCAUUUGCUCAAGUUUCAAAAAGUGUAACUAGAGUAGGGUUUCAUUUGUUCAUGAACAUUAAA